CUUAUCCUCUAGUCUACACCAUUUUGAAAGGUUCCCCUAGAAAUACUUCUAAACAAAAUGGCUGGCAUAGCAUUUGGAAGGUUUGAUGAUUCUUUCAGCUUUGGGUCAAUUAAGGCCUAUAUUGCUGAAUUCAUCUCAACCUUACUCUUUGUUUUUGCUGGUGUUGGUUCUGCCAUAGCCUAUGGUAAGUUGACAUCAGAUGCAGCUCUUGAUCCAGCUGGUUUACUAGCAGUUGCUGUCUGCCAUGGUUUUGCAUUGUUUGUUGCUGUUUCAGUUGGUGCUAACAUUUCUGGUGGACAUGUCAACCCUGCUGUCACUUUUGGUUUGGCUCUUGGUGGACAGAUCACCAUUAUCACUGGUGUCUUUUAUUGGAUUGCUCAGCUUGUUGGCGCCAUUGUUGCAUGUUUUCUUCUCAAGUUUGUCACUGGAGGAUUGGAAACUCCAAUCCACAGUGUGGCAGCUGAAGUAGGAGUUAUUGGAGGAGUUGUUACUGAAAUAAUCAUAACAUUUGGUUUGGUGUACACAGUUUAUGCAACUGCAGCAGAUCCUAAGAAAGGAGCAAUAGGCACAAUUGCACCCAUUGCUAUUGGUUUCAUUGUUGGUGCCAACAUAUUAGCAGCAGGCCCAUUCUCUGGUGGGUCGAUGAACCCAGCAAGAUCGUUUGGGCCUGCAGUUGUAAGUGGUGAUUUCCAUGACAACUGGAUUUAUUGGCUUGGGCCUCUUAUUGGUGGUGGGCUUGCUGGGCUUGUCUACGGCAAUGUCUUCAUGCGUUCUUCUGAACAUGCACCUCUUACUAAUGAUUUUUAAUUUUUUUUUUUUGCGAGCUUAUUCAAAUUAUGAUUAUUGUUAGUAUGGUUUAUGUUAUGUAUGUGAUUCAUGUUGAUUUAUGAUUAAUGUUUUUCUUUCUUUUUUUCUGUGUUUUUUUAGUUUGAUUGUAAAGUUGUAAGAGUUAAUCAUUGUUUGGUAAGAAAGUUGGAUUAAUUGAGAGGCUUUUUAUGUUUGUUGCAA